AUGCGGAGAUUGAGACCAAACGAGGAGGAGGAGGAGGAGGAGGAGGAGGAGGAGGAGGAGGAGGAGGAAAGGGGAAGAAAGACAACAGGAGCAUUGUGUGAUCACAAGAUUGCCUUCUUCAUUAUGUUCCAAUGGGAUUCUGUGUUUGUCCCUUGUGAGGAAUCCUACUUUGGGGACAGCCACUGCAGUUUACAAGUCUUCCAAGAUGUCUCCACCUUUCGCCUGUCACUACAGAUUAAGACGAGUCGGCGAAGCGGGUUGCUGUUACUGGCUGCGGGGAAGGAGGACUACCUGUUCCUUGAGCUCCAAAAUGGGAAAAUACAGGCUCGGAUGAACAUGCGGAAUGACGAGGUGACCCUUUCUUCAUCCCAAGGAGUUCAGCUGAACAACCUUCUGGAGCACAAAGUCUCACUCACACUGCAAGAUGGCAAACUCACCAUGACCAUUGAUGAGCUCUUCUCGACAUAUGUUCCCGUCGAUCACGAAGGAGAACUGCUAAAUAUUGACGAGGGCAUUUGGCUUGGAGGAACAGGGGAUUUGGAUGCUCCCUACCUCAGCAAUGCCAUUCCCCCUUUCCGUGGCUGCAUGACUGAGGUCAAAUUUGAGUCCCACCAGUUUGAUAUCCUCAGUGAAGUGUUUAAAAACUGCCAGGACACGAAGGAAUCCUGCAGCACUGAGUUCGAGGCUGCUGAUGGGGAGGCAAUUAGUUUCAGCACUCCUGAUUCCUUUGUGUCCUUCCCCACCUGGAGCGGGGUUAGUGGUGCUCCGAAGCUCCUCGAAGUCCUAAUGAAGACAACCAUAGAGGAUGCUCUACUUUUUUUCCACCCUGGCAGAGAGUCUGAUUUCAUAGCUGUUGGUGUUGUGAAAGGCUUUCUCAAAGGUAUGCUGGACCUCGGAAAUGGCUUGAAGAUCUUGGAGAAUACCCAGGUGCAGCUGGAUGAUGAUCAGUGGCAUAGGGUUAAGGUUGAAGUCAGUCAGGAUUCAUUUGUCAUCAAUGUAGAUAGCCAGUCUUCCUCCCUCCCUCUUGAAUCAUCAGAAAAAUUGGAUUUGGUUGGAAACUUGUAUUUUGGAGGCAUCCAGGGGAGAAUGAAGGAUGUCUUUCGUGAGAGCGGGUCCUUAAAUCAUGUAGAGGAAGAAAUGACAGCCGAAUCCUUCAUUGGUUGUUUGGGAGAAAUCAAAGUUAAUCAGAAGGAUAGAAGCCUGCAGGAUGCUUUGAUCACCAAAGAUGUUCACGUUAAAUGUGAAGGAGAGGACUAUGAAUACUCAAGUUACUAUGACACAGACGCAACUACAACUUCUCCCAGUCUUCAAAUCAGAUAUACAGAUAUAGACGUCAUUGAUCAGCAUUGCUAUCCAACAGAUGACACACCAGAGGAAUUCAAAAAUGUAACAAAACUUCUUGAUGUCACUACACUACUUGUGGCUGAAGGUGGAGAAGCUUUAAUUGAUAUCAACAACCUACUCCCUACAUUUGACCUCAGUGCUGCAGGACUGAGUCAGUCUCAGAUUAUCUUUACUCUCCAGACUGACCCCCUGUAUGGCUUGGUUGACGUGAACACAAACACAAUGCCCACAAGAAAGUUCACUCUUCUCGAUGUUGUCGAUGAGAAAAUCAAGUAUAUGCAUGAUGGAAAUGAACGGCACGCAGAUCAAAUCCAGCUGCAGGUUGUUGUUCAAAGUGACCACUUCCUUCCUGAAUGUAUGAAAACUUCUCAGGAGUAUGUCAUUCCAGUUGAAAUUAUUCCCGUCAAUGAUAUACCACAACUUGGUGGCGGAGAAAUUACUAUUACAGAAACCGGAAGAACUCGCUUGAGUCCAAGUCUUAUUAAAAUCACAGAUUCUGACAGCCGCUGUGAUGAAUUAGUAGUAACUCUAUCCUCAGAGCCUUCAAUGGAGGUUGGUUACUUAGAAAACGGUCAGCAGCCAGGAAGAAGCAUCUCAGAGUUCACUUGCAGGGAAUUGAAAGAUGGAAAUAUCUAUUUCGUACACAGAGGGGGCAGUGCUGGUGAAAUUACCCUGGAGGUGUCUGAUGGACAGUCAGAAAGCCAUUCAACCACUAUUAAGUUAUCUGUGACACAACCACAUAUGACUAUUGUCAUCAACACUGGCCUUCACUUGGUUCAAGGAACAAACACGUCCAUGGGUGUUCAAAAUCUUGCUGUCAUCGCUCAUCCUCGUAAUGGAGAUGUCAUGUAUAACAUCACUAAGCCUCUGAUAUUUGGAGAACUUCAGAUAAUGACAAGUGAUGGCAUGUACAGGCAGGUUACAACUUUCCAUCAAUCAGACCUGGAUCAAAAUCGGCUGAGAUACAUUAGCACAGACUCGAGAAACCAGGAAGAAACUGUGAGCGAACAAAUUCAGUUUGAUGUCCACUUGGGGAAGUUCUCCCUCUGGAACAACACCUUCUUAGUCAAUAUCAUCCCUGCUCCAGUAAAACUUUCUACUAUGGUCCCGCUAGAGAUAGUGGCUAAUGAAGAGCAAACAAUUGGAAUAACAGAGCUUCAAGCUGAAGUAAUAGGGGAAAACAUGGAUCCAAAAACUGUAGAAUACAUCCUUGUCAAGUGUCCAGCACUUGGCAGUCUGCAUUUGUCAGACACAGAGUUGGCUGAGGGUGACAUCUUCACACAGAAGGACAUUUUAGAAAAUACAGUUAGCUACAGGGUGCAUGUGCAAACAGCUGUGGAUAGUAUAGACCAGUUCCAGUUCAGAGUCGUUGCGAAUGAACAGUAUUCCCCUCUAUACACCUUCCCAAUUACCAUCCGGGCCGAUGCCGAUGCUGAUGCCGAUGCUGAUGCCGAUGCUGAUGCCGAUGCUCCUGUUUUGAUCAAUGAAAGGCUGGUUGUGUUGCAGGGUGGUGAGCAUACACUGAACAAGAAAUUCCUGUGGAUGGACUCUCCAGGUUCUUCAGAUAUUGUGUACCGUGUCACACAGGAACCAAAGUAUGGAAGAUUGAUAAGGGACUCCCCUCCCGGGCAGCCUAGAUUUGAGGGAGCAAUAAGACUAUUCAGUAAUGAGGAUCUCCAAUUUGACAGGCUUAUUUACAAGCAUGAUGGCUCCAAGACAAGCAGUGAUGAGUUCCGUUUUUCAGCAUUUGAUCAAGGAGCAGAAAUUCAAGACAAUGAAAAGACAAUAAACGAUGUUUUCAGAAUAACCAUCCAAUCCAAGAACAAGCAUGCUCCUGUGAGGGUCGUGGACAAAUUCUUUAAUAUAGUCCGCCACGGUCAGCGCCUGCUAACAACAGAUGUCAUCCAGUUUAAGGACGACGACUCAGGUUUCAAUGACACCCAAAUUGUCUACGCCCGUGAGGGAAUCCUCUCAGGAAACAUUGUCUCAACAUCUAAUCCCUCCCAGCCCCUUUUCCGUUUCACUCAGGCCGACCUGAGAGAUAAGAAGAUCCUCUUCAUUCACCACGGAGCAGACCGGGAACGCUUCCCACUGCAGGUUUCAGAUGGCUUCCACAAGACCACUGCACUGCUUGAAAUCCAGGCAGGUGAGCCCUACCUGCGAGUGGUAAACAACACAAUCAUUGUCAUCGACCAUGGAAGCACCAAGACCCUUAACACCACGCUGCUGAGCGCUGACUCCAACAUGGAUGUCAGAGACAACAGUGAAAUCAAGUUCCACAUCACAACGCCACCCAACGAUGGCAGGAUUAUUGUGAGUGGGGUGGAGUCUUCAGAGUUCACCCAGGAGGACCUGAAAAAAGGAGUUGUUUCAUAUGAACAUAAUUACGAGAGUCUGAGGUCCAAGGACUCCUUCAGCUUCACCGUCCAAGCAAGAGGACAUUCAGAGGAGGGCACAUUCAGGAUAAGAAUAUUCAAGCAAGGUUACUUCUCUGAGCCUGAGGUGGUGAACAAUGAGGUCAUCAUUUCCUAUGAGGGAGAGCACACCGUAAUCAACCGGGACAAUCUCAAGGUGGAUCAAGCUGAUAUACUUCCUACAGAAAUGCUGUUCACUAUUAAAGAGUCUCCUCGUCUCGGACAUGUGGUGAAGCUGACAAACAGCUCGGACAGCCCGUCCUCGCCCGUCCUCGACUACAUUUACUCCUUCACUCAAGAGGACAUUGAUCAGGGACGCAUUCUCUAUGUGUCUGCAUCCAUCCAGGGCAGUGACGCCUUCACAGUUGAUGUCAGUAAUGGUUUCACUACAGUGGAGGACCUGCGCGUCUCUGUAAACAUCGUGCCGCGGAUCAUCCCCAUCCAGACCUUCAACUUCACAGUGAAGGAAGGCCUCGGCAGGGCGAUCAAUGCGGAGAUUGUUAACAUCUCACAUCCCUUCUACAGCUCAGCAAACAUCGACUUUGUUGUUGAGGAGGCACCACAGCACGGGGAUAUCCGUUAUCUGGAUGGAGACGAACUUGUUUACUUUACAUGGGAAGAGAUAAAACUUGGACACAUCUACUACAUGCAUGACAGCACUGAGAGCACUGGGGACAGUUUUACACUCACUGCCUCGGCUUAUGAGAUCGACCGCCGGAGCCUCCCUGUCACCAUCUCAGUGACUGUCAUACCAGUCAACGAUGAGCCGCCAAACCUGACACGUAAUACAGGACUAGAGGUUCUAGCUGGAGAGGAGGCUGAUAUCACCUCCAGCAUGCUGAACACCGAGGACGCAGAUACCGCUGCGGAGAAACUGGUGUACAACAUUGAGGUGCUGACCAACGGGAUGGUGGCGUUGAAAGAGGCGCCCGAGGAGGAGCUCCUGAAUUUCACACAGGCUCAUAUAAACAAAGCGGAGGUCAUCUUCAUUCAUGAGGGUGAGGAAUCUGGAGGCUUCAGUUUCACGGUGACAGACGGAGAGCACACGUCUCCUCUCUACCAAUUUGUUGUCACAGCCAGACCUCUCACCAUCACCAUGGUAACGCAGGAGGAGCUCAUGGUAUUUCCAGGAACAAGGCAGUCUAUCACUAGUGCCAAUCUGGGGGCCGUAACGAAUGAGGAUGGAAAUGAGAUAAGCUACUCUCUGAUCCGCCCCCCUCGUUUGGGAAGACUCAUCCUGGCCAACGACAGAAACCAAUAUGAGGAAAUUACCCGCUUCUCACAAACACAGCUGGAGUCAGGAGCAGUGUACUACGAGCAUCAGAUACCUGAGGAUCCUUUUUGGGUUGUGAGGGACUCCAUAGAUCUGACUCUGUCAUCCCAACCAGCCCCAGACGUCCGUCACAUUCUACCCAUCACAAUCUCUUACUACGCUGCUCACAGCAACAUCUCCUCACAGCUGUGGAGGAACAAAGGUUUGGAUAUUGUGCAAGGCCAGAGGAAAGCCAUUGACGAGUCAAUACUUGACGCCUCAAAUCUUCUGGCUAUCCUACCUGAAGAUAAACGGGUCGAUGUGGAUGUGGUUUUUGAGAUGAAGCGCUUCCCUGACCACGGUCGUAUCACCCUUGGUGGUCAGGACCUGCCCCGCAAAGCUGCGUCCUUUAUGCAGCAAGACCUAGCUCAGGGAAAACUGGAGUAUCUCCAUGAUGACUCGGGUGCUCCCUCUGACAGCUUCUCCUUCAGAGCCCGUCUAAAGGGUCAGGGUGUUGUCUCACCUUCCGAUACGGUGGUCCAAGAGGAGGUAUUUCACAUCGCAAUCAAACGGCGGGGCUCUGACUCCCCUAAACUAGUCACAGUAGACAUGCUCUUGGAGGUUUUCCAAGGCUCCCUAACCGUUUUGUCCCGGAAGCAGUUUAACACUCAAGAUGAGGACAGUCCGCCAGAUGAGGUAUACUACAAAGUGACAAAAGCCCCCAGCAAUGGUAGAGUGGUAGACCGACUCACAAUGGACCCCAUCUCGGAGUUCACACAGGAGAUGGUCAAUCGUAUGCAGGUGGGCUUCGUCACCGAUGGCAGCCUUUCCGAUGGAUCUAUGGAAUUCAUAGUUUCAGAUGGAGAACACCAAACAGAGCCACACACGAUCCACAUCGGCGUCCUGGCUCGGACCCUGCUUCUUGACAAAGCCCCUGAGAUCAAGGUAAAGCAAGGCGAUGAUGAGACCCUGGUGACUGAGGAGAUGUUGAAGGCAACUACCGGGGGCCCUGUUGAGGAGGACAUCCUUUACAAGAUCACAAGUGUACCCAAGUAUGCAGCUGUAAUGGUAGACCGGCAGCCUACAUCCGCCUUCACCCAGAAACAGAUCAAGGAAGGCAGAGUCAGUGUCCGCUUUGUCAAGUCCACUUCACCUCGGGACAGUGUUGCAUUUGUAGCCCGUAGCAGGGGUGCCAAUGUAACCUCUGUCCUCAACAUCACAGUGCAGCCUCUGGCCAACAUAGCUCAAGAUCCUCUCUUACCCCAAGGGGCACUGGUUCAACUCGACAGGAAGCUUCUGGAUGCAACUCCCUUGGCAAACAAGACGAGAACCAACCCUUCGUUCACUGUCAUCCAGCAGCCGCAGGGGGCUCGAUUUGUGUGGUCUGGAUUUCCUGGAGCAGGUCAGCCAGUAGACACAUUCAGCCAAAAGGAGCUGGAUGAGGGCCGCGUAGCUAUGGAAAUCUUAAAGAGCCCUUCUGGAUCACGAGGAAGUGUCAGUCAGGAUGAGGCCCGCUUUCUGCUCAAAGCCCAUGGGGUUCCUCCUGCAGAAUGUGUGUUUUCCUUCCAGACAGGUCCCUACAAUGCCUCUGGGGUUUACCCUGCCACUCUGUUGAGGCUUCCCUCAGAUGCCCCAUCAAAGGACAGUAAUGACAUCCCCGGGGUGGCUGGGUACCCUCGAUCCACUCAAGCUAGCUGGAAUGGUGACAUGCACUGGCCCAAUGGUGAAGCCCCCACGACAACAUCUUCUGGCUCCAACAGGAAUCCAUAUGUUUCCCGGCGCAGCAGCUUCUGGUCUAUUCUCAUCCCAAUCCUGGUCAUCCUUCUCCUGUUGCUGCUGGCAGCCGUCUUGGCAUACUACCUGAUUCGUAAAAACAAGACAGGCAAACACAACGUCCAGACGGCAGCAUCCAAGCCCAAAAACGGAGAAGUGGCUACCAGCACAGAAACCUUUCGCAAAACUGACCCGGCCAAUAACAUCCCAAUGUCAAACAUGGACUCCAAAGAUGCAGACCCAGAGUUGUUGCAGGACUGUCGGACAACAAACCCGGCCUUAAAAAAGAACCAGUACUGGGUCUGAGACACUUUGAGAUAGGACACAGAGGGAGGUGGAUCCUUGAGUGUUUGGAAGUCUGCUUAAAUCAUUCCUCUCAGUAUUAAAGACUUCUUGCCACACCAGUUUAGAUGAUGAUUAUUUUUUGACACCAUUAGUUAUUUACUUAUCUCAACAUAACUGUGGACAAAUUCUCAGGCAAUGAAACACUGAAUACGUAUUGGCAAAUAAAGAGGCAGUUUCUUAUCCAAGGAAACUCAGGCCAUGUCUAUUUAUUUUAGUUGUAUCAUUCCUCUUUGUCAAGGGGCACAAAUGAAGACAUAAACACGCUGUGUGUUUGCAAAAAAGUAUCCUGGGUGUGCCCCAUCAUUGUAAUCCAUAUGAUAUCAUAGGCCAAUAUUAUUCAUUUGAGUUGAUAGGUGAUUGAAAGUCUUUGUGAUGAUUCCAUUUUAGUUUCUAGUUUACCCAGAAAGUUGAUAAGCCUUGUACAUAGCUGAAAACAUAUGCUGUAUUAUCGAGAAGAUGAAAAACUGCCUCUUUGUGUUUUCUCUCUUACUUUUCAAUGUUUUUUAAGGUACCAUUUUAUUAUGUUUCUCAGGGCUAAAUUCAACUUACAGAAAUAGUUUUUUCGAAAGUAAUAUCAAAGAAUGAUACCAAUCUCAUUUUUGCCUAUUGAAUUAUGAAGCAAUAUCCAGAAGUUAGCUUAGCUAAGUCCAAAGUCAAAGGUGUUUCCAUCCAAAAGUAAAAAAUAUCCAUUAGCAGUGCCUCUAAAGCUCACUACCCAACAUACUAUAUCACUUUUGUAUUAGCUGUGUACAAAAUAGAAAAACAAAGGAAAGUAGUUGUGCUUUUAUGAAGGAUAAUGCGGCAGACUUUUUCUUGGCUGGCGCAGUGACUUGCUGAAUGUGGCUAGUUGUGAUAAGCGAGCUGUUGCAUGUGUUUAGGGUUUGCUAUGCUAUGCUAAGCUAAUGGUUUCCUGUACUGUUGCUUCAUAUUGAAAGGACAGAUGUGAAAUUGGUGUCUACCUUGUUAUCUAACUCUUAGUACGAGAGCAAAUAAGCUUAUGCUCGUAAAAUGUUUAUUACUUUAAUGUCAUCACACAAAAACAUUUCAGUAGUUUUACUUUUGUCUGAAAGGAAGAUGGUUUAGUUUUAAAAUAAAUAGCUUUUUGCAUCCACAUGUAUAGGUUUUAUUUGAAUUUAGCUCAGAGUAACGUCAUCAUCAAUCACAUGAUAUUAUUUUUGAUGCUUCCAUAGUGCUUGUAAAUAUUCACUGGACUGGCACAGCACUGACAGCCAAACCACACGGUAUACAGUUAGUAUACCGCAGGCAGGAGGUUAUUCUGGUAGCGUUGGUCUUUAACACAUCCGUAAUGGCUGACAGGCAGGGGUGAGGUCAUCUUGUACUGGGAUGUUUCCAGUUUCCAAGUCUGCAAUUAAGAGUUCAUGAAAAAAAAGACGGUUAGUGCCGGGAUGGGGAUAGUGAAUGAAAUGCUCCACUGUUUAGGUAACAGUGGUGAAGCAAAGGAAGACAUUGACAGGGUUUGUUUUUUAGAGCUAUUUUUUAUUUUAAGCAUUCCAUAUGUAAGCUAGACUGUCAUAUAUUGAAAUCCUGAGAUUGUUUUACUUUUUACUCUUAGACUUAUUUUGUAUGUUGCAUUACUGUAAAUUAUAUUCCUCUCGGUUCCUCAUUCUCUGCCUUAUUGUCACUUGUGAUGGUUAUCUUGUUAUUGAAUGUUGAAUGAAGGUGAAUUAGAAAGUGUACAAGGAGACUACGGUGAGGACGAAAGUGUUUAACGAAAUAUCAGAUUACUAUUUUGGAUCUACUAAAGAAAAAGAACAUUUAUAUUUUGAAAACUGUUGGACUUUUUGCUGUACAUUUAUUUUUAUCAUACUGUAUGCCGAUGACAACUUAUUCUCUGUUAGUCAUUUACUGAAAAUACAAUAAUUCCUUGGUAGUAUUCAUCGUCUAUUGAUCUUCUAUUUUUUUAGUGUUUUCAAGCAGAAAAUAUAAGUAGAUAUUUUACAGCACAGAGCUCAGGAAGUGAUGUGUUUCAAGAGACUGUGUAUUUCCAUUGACAUCUCUUACAUAACAUCGAAAUAAAAGUAUUGGUUUCUCCUUCAGAGUAUCACAUCCUCAUGAAACCGGUUUUAUGUGUAAAUAUCUGUUUUUUAAGUAAGAUUUUUUGGACUUAAUUAAUGUCUCGAAUUAUAUAUUUAGUGUUUAUCGUGUUUUGCGUCGAAGUUAUUUGUACAUGUAACUACAUUUAAUUUGAUCGAUCAACUGCAAAGUCUGCCUGUGUCCCUGUUGUUGUUUUUUGUGUUUGUCUUUGCCAGCCGCUCAUCACCCUACUCUGUCAGUCUUUUGUUUUCUCUUUACAGAACAGCUGAGUUCAUGGCAGAUUUUCAUCACCACGCCUCCUUCUUGUCAUUAUUUAUUAUUUCUGACCAUCCCCAUACAUCAAGUCAGUACUUAAAUUGUGUUCUUUGUCAGAGAUUUAACUGUAAUCUGUAACAGCAGGUGCCUUUAAAAGAUAAUAACUCAAAGAAAUGUUUAGAGUUUUGAAAACAAGAAAUGUCUAUUGCUGCAGAAUGCCUCUGAGAUUGUUCUCGGCACUAAUUGAAAUAAAAACGUUCAUGCAACAAAA